UAAGGUGGGUGGGGCAUCCUGGCCACCGCCCAGUAUGGCGACCCCGGUCCUAGGCACUUCCAUUCCUGUGUGGUUGAGCGAGGAGGACCUGAGCUGCAUUAUCUGCCAAGGGUUGCUGAACUGGCCGGUCACGCUGCCCUGCGGCCACAGCUUUUGCCACCGGUGCCUCAAUGGCUUGUGGGCCACGCAGCGCGCGGGCGUGAAUGGCCGCCCCUGGUCUUGCCCCACCUGCCGGGAGGGCCCCGAGGCGAAGCCAAAACUGCGCAAGAACCUACUGUUGCAGGACCUGGCGGACAAGUACCGCCAAGCGGCGCUUGAGCUCGAGGCUGGCCCAGAAACCGCGCCCGCACCCCGAUCGCCGGGUCGCCCCGCGCAGCCGCCGGUGGCAGUACAGAAGAGCACCACAGAAGAGGUCAUCCAGGAGCUGACAGAACUGGGGCAACAGCUUGAAGACAUUGUCAAGAGCCUUCAAACACCAAGACCUAGGUCGGGAUGUGGACUGGACAAUGAAGUAGGCAUCCUGGACAUGGCUUCUUCCUCAGAGAGGGAACAUUCCUUGAGUUCUCCAAAGCUGGUAACAUCCAGUGCAUCCGAGAGGAAAAUUCGAGAGAUUCUCCAAAAGCUAGAAGAAAUUCAGAAAAAACUGAAAGGGAGUGUCACAUGGAAAGAAGCUCCUGGAGAACAAGUUCAGGAAAUGCCAUCUUCUUCCUUAUGCCAGCUGCCUGACCAAGGGUGUCCUGUACCCAGGAAAUCUUCUCAGUUUGCCCUAUGGGCCAUCAGUCCAACAUUUGACUUGGGGAGCCUCUCCUGUAACCUGGAGGUUUCUAACAGUUGCCGGACAGUGACCGUGUCUCAUUGUCAACAGCCCUAUCGUUGGAGUCCCGAGAGAUUUUUAAUUAGCCAAGUCUUAUGUUCCCAGGCUCUCUCCUCUGGCCGGAGGUACUGGGAAGUGGACACUAGGAACUGUAACCACUGGGCUGUUGGGGUGGCUUCGUGGGGCAUGAAGCGGAACCAGGUGCUGGGAAGGACUAAGGAUUCUUGGUGCAUAGAGUGGAAAGGGCCUGGCCAGUUCUCUGCUUGGGCCACGGAGAAGAAAACUGACCUUCACUUAGGCCGCCCGGAGGUCGUGGGCGUGUGGCUGGACCUUGAGUUGGGGAAGCUUGCCUUCUACUCGGUCUCUGACCAGGAGAGGCUUCUGUAUGAGUGUGAGGUCUCUGUCUCCUACCCCCUGCACCCUGCCUUCUGGCUGUAUGGCUUAUGUCCUGGAAACUACCUAGAAAUAAAGCAGGUAAACUCAUGAAGCUUCCCCCGGGGUUAGAAUAGUGGCUUCCUAGUCUCUCUGUUUGGGGGCAACUAGAGAAUUCCACUUAAGGAAACUGGAUAUGGUAGUACAUGUCUGUAACCAUAGCACUUGGGAAGUGGAGGCAGGAGGAUCACUGCAAGUUUGAGGCCAGCCUGGUCAGCAAAGUUGAGGCCAGCUUGGACUACAUGGUAUGACUCCACCCACUUUUGAAGUUAUUCUUUUUUGUGUGGGACAAGAUUACCUAAACGGGCUUGAGGUUUUUGAGCUGGCCUGGAGUGUAUCCUGAAGGUGACCUUGAAGGCUUCAGAAUAGUUUGCCUCAUAAGAGGAACUUUGGACCAUUGUCUUUCACUUAGGCCUCACCUGGAACUGUUGGUUCAAUCAGUCUGUGGCCAGCGAGUCACACUUACAUGACUGACCCCCUAGUUAAAAUCCCAAUGCCACAGCAUACAUAUAUAUGCCUCAUGUACCACUGUUGGGAGGGUGGAGCACUCACUGUUCAAUGACUAGUGAGAAGGAGCCUUCCUGGACCUUACCUUGUGUGUCUUUAAUAUUGUUCUUUUUAUUGUUUAGCUUUUCAAUGUAAUAAACUGAAAUCAUGAGUA